AUGUCUUAUUCAGCUAUACCUGAUCAACCACCAAAUUAUCCACCAACAGAUGAACAAAAUCAAAGAGAAUUUGGUGAUAAUAUUCCGGAUGAUUUUAAAUAUUCAGUUGAUGUUGCAUCAUGUGAUUUACCAAUAAGACAAUUAUUUAUAAGAAAAGUUUAUCUGUUAUUAACUUUACAAUUAAUGGCUUCUGUUAUUGUUGGAUAUAUUGUAAGAUCAAAUGAUUCUAUUAAAAUAUGGGCUAUUGAAAAUCCAUGGAUUUUGUUGGUAUGUUUAAUUGGUUCAAUUGGUUUUAUGAUUGGUGCAUUUUUUAAAGCAAGAUCAUAUCCAAUAAAUUUAAUCUUGCUAGGUGGUUUUACAUUUUUUGAAGCUUUUACAUUAGGAGUUGCUUGUGCAUUUGUUGAUAGUGGAGUGCUUAUUGAAGCUAUACUAUUAACUUUAAUAAUAUUCAUUGGUUUAACUCUAUUUGCUUUUCAAACUAAAUAUGAUUUUAUAAGUUGGCAAGGUACAGUUGGAAUGAUUUUAUGGGGAUUAAUUGGUUGGGGUUUUAUAAUGAUUUUUUUCCCAGGAAGUAAAUUUAUUGAUAAUGUUUAUUCAUUUAUUGGUGCUAUAGUUUUUAGUAUUUAUAUUAUUAUUGAUACUCAAAAAUUAAUGAAAACUUGUCAUUUAGAUGAUGAAGUAAUUGCUACUAUACAAUUGUAUUUAGAUGUUAUUAAUUUAUUUUUAUUUAUUUUAAGGUUGUUAAAUAAUAAUAGGGAAAAUUGA